AUGAAUAGUUCUCAACAUUUAAUUAAUAGUAAAAUGUUUGAUAGUAAAGAAAGUUAUUCUAAUAGAUUAAAAAUGUUUUUACAAUUUAUUUCAAAAGAAGGAGAAUUUAAUGAAAGUGAAUUAAAUUUUGUAAAACAAAAUAGUCCUAUGUAUUAUAAAAUACUUAGUGAAGCAUCAGAAAAAAUUUCAAAAUCAAAAAAACCAAAAGAUAUUGAACAAGAAGUUUUAUUAAGAAGUUUUUCAGUAACAGUAGAAAUAUUUGGUAAAAUGGCAUUUAAACAAAUUACAGAACAAAAAUAUUUUGAUGUAUGGAAAACAUAUCUUUGUAUAACAACAGAAACAAAAAUAAGAAUUAUUGCAUUUGAAGGAUUAGUUAAAGGAAUUAUAUCAAUGGCAUUAAAAGCAGAAGAAUGGAGUAAUUAUUUUUUUAAUUGUCUUGAUUUAGAAUCAAUAAAAAAUAAAGAAGAAAGUAUAAUUAAAGAUAAUAAUGGAAAUAGUAGAUAUGAAUUAUCUACAAGAUUUUUAGAAUUAUUUUUAACAAAAAUAAUAAGAAAUGAUGAAACACUUAUAUCAGUAUUUCCAUUAUUUAGAAAAAUUAUUGAAAUUUUAUAUGUUCAAAAAACAGAAAAUACACAUGUUGAUGAUAUUGCACAUGAAGAAAUUUUAAAAGUUCUUAAUGAAUUUAAAUUUUCAAAUAUUGUAUAUCUUACUAGAUAUAAAAAUAUGAUUGAAUAUUUAGAAAAAGUAAUAGAAGAAAUUUGUUAUAAAGUACUUUCAGGAGAUCAAACAACAGAAAAAUUUGUAAUUAAUAUUACAGCAUAUAAAAAACUUAUAGAACAUUAUAUUAUAGGACCAUAUUCACCAGAUUUAGCAAUUUAUGUUGGAAAAAAAGGAGAUCCAAAUAAUGAAAAUAUUAUUUCAAUUGAACCAAAUAAAUUAAAAGAAUUUCAAAAAAAAUUAAUUAAAGGAAUAGAAAUAAUGUUAAUUAAUUUAAAAGAUGGAAAUCAAAAUAAUGUAAUGUCAAUUAUUACAGAAAUUAAAAGAAUAUAUAAUUUAUUUAUAGAAAGAUCAAGUACAAUUAAUUAUGAAUUAAAAAAAUUAAUUUGUUUUAUUUCAAGAAGUGUUAUGUGGAGAACAGAAUUUGUUGAAUCAACACAAAAAAUAAGAAGAAGUACAUUUGGAAGUUUUGAAUUACAAUUAACAAAAGCAGCAGAUUUUGCAAUUAGUUCAUUAUCAUUAUGGAUUUUAUUUAUGAGAGAUAAAAAAGAAUGGGAUAUAUUUCUUCAAAAAAUGAUUGCACUUUAUCCAAUUAAAAUAUUUUAUAAAGAAAUAAGAAAAAUCUUUUUAGCAGUAACUCAAAUGAUUAUAAAUUUAUAUUAUAAAAUUAAUUUUAAAGAAAUUAAUGAAAAAAAAAUAAAUAAAGAUAAAAAUGAAAUAAAUGAUAAUAAAUUAAUAAUAUUUCAAUUAGAAAAUAUGAAUCAAAAUGAUUUAUUAUUUUUUUGGAAAGAAUUAAUUCAAAUAGCAUGUAAUGGAAUUGCAAUUUGUCAAAAUGAAGCAUUAACAGAAUGGACAAUAACAAUUAAAAAAGUAAUGGAAUAUUUAAUUUAUGCAGAAGAAAUAACAGAAAAAAAAGGACCAAUUAAUAUUCAUGAAGAAUUUGCACCAAUUUUUAUUUCAAUUCUUAAUGAACAAAAAUAUGAAAAUACAAUAAAAACAGCAAUAAAUGGAUUAAAUGAAAUAAUUAUUAGACCAAUAAGAUAUGAAAAAAGUAUUUAUGAAGUUUAUUCAAUAAUUAUUCAAUCAAUAUUAAAAUUUAAUAAUCAAAUAUGUAUUUCAAUAUUUCCUACAAUUAAUAAAAUAUUUUUAUAUGAUCUUCCACUUGAAGAAUUAAUUCAACCAUUAUUAGAAAAUAUGAUAAAAUAUCAAAAUAAUAAUUAUUCAGAAGAAAUUGAAUUUCAAACAUUAAAAUUACUUUUAUCUAUUUCAAUUUAUGAAGAACAACAUUAUUAUAAAAAUAAAAAUUUUGAAUAUAUUAAAUAUAUUAGUUUAUGUUAUCAAACAUUUUUAAAUAAUUUUAUAACAACUCAAAUAAAAAAUAUAGUAUUAUGGAGUAUUGGAGUAACUAUUGUAUUAAAUGAAAGAAAACAUAAAAAUGAAAAAAAUUAUAAAAUAUUAUUAGAUAUUAUACUUCAAUUUAUUAAAGAACAAAAAAUUCUUAAUAAUGAAUCAUUAAAAGUUAUUAUAUUUAUUACAAGACAACUUGGUGGAAUUACACCAUGGUAUUUAGAAUAUAUUUGUUCAUUUUUAAUUAAAAUAAUACUUGAAGAAAAAAAAGAAAAUGAACAAAAAAAGAUAAUUUUAUUUGCUAUUAUUGAAAUUAUUCAAUCAAAUAUAAUGUUUUCAUUAAAAUUAAACAUAGAAUUAAUAGAAUUAAUUAAUAAAAUAAUUAAUAUAGAUAUGGGAGAAUUAAAUGAAUUAAUAGAAAUUAUUGCAUCUUUAUUAUUUAAAUCAAUGGGUCAUGAAAGAUUAAGUGAAAAUAUUAAUAGUUUAAGUAAAGAAACUACAUGGUGGGGAAAUAGAACAUCAAUUAUUAGUAUUACACCACAACAAGGUGGAGAAAUAACUGAAAUUGGAAUUAGAGAUCCAACAGGAUCAUGGAGAUUUUUAGUAAAACCAUGGGAAAUAAAAGAAAUACAAAAAGAAGAAAUAAAAAUAAAACAACCUAAAAUAGAGAUUGAAGAAUAUAAUGAAUUUAAAGAAAAAACUAGUAUAAAAGAGAGUAUUUUAUCAAAAAAAUUAAAUAAAAAACAAUUAGAAGAAUUAGAAUGGAAAGAACCAAUUAAUAAUCAUGAACAACAAAUUAAUUUAAAUGAAAAAAAUUUUAAUAAUGUACAAAAAUAUAUGAAUGAAAUUCAAAAAAAUACACAAACAAUAAUUCUUACAGAAAAUAAAGAAAAGUCUGAAAUAAAAAAAUGGUAUGGAUAUAUUCUUAAUUCAUUUUUACAAUAUCCAAAAAAUAAUGAAAUUAUUAUUAAUUCUAUUAAUAUAACAUCAAAAAUUAAUGAAAUGAUUAAAGAAAUAGAUUUUAAUGGAAUGAAUCAAUUAAUUCCUUUAAGAAUUUUUGGAAAUGAAGAAGAUCCAUCUUAUAAAGCUUUAUAUAAUACUUUAGUAGAUAAAAAUAAUAAAUCUUCUCUUGGAAUUUUUAAAACACUUCAAAUUGAAAAAGAAACUACAGAAAGUAAAUUAAUUAUUAUUUGGGGAAAAGAUAUUAAUCAAUAUAAACCAAAAUGUAUUAAUGCAGAAAUUAUUAUUCAAUUAAUUCCUAAAGGAAAUUUAAUUGUUGUUCAUAUUAUUGAUUCUAUUCUUAAAAAUUUAACAGGACCUCUUAUUGAUAAUAUGGUUGUAGAAUCAGAAGUAAUAAUUUCUUUUAUUAAAGAAACAGUUUUAGCAAUAGAAUAUUCAAUGGAUCAAAAUUUAAUUUUUAAAAGAAUGAAGAUAAUUAAAGAAAUUCAAAAAAGUAGUAAAACAGAUUGUAAAAUGAGCACAUAUUAUACUAAUGCAUCAAAUUUAUUUACUUUAUAA